CAAGUCUCAAAGGGCAUUCUGUGCUAUCAGCCAGAGCCUGUGCUGCACUGAGAAGAACACAGCCUUUGAUAAUUUCUCCUCUUUUUUUAAUACAGAUUCAUCGCAAUGUGUACUGGGAAGUGUGCACGGUUAGUGGGGCUAAUUCUUCUGCCCUCAGCUUUUUUGUGUAUAAUAGCCAAUAUACUUUUAUUCUUCCCUAAUGGAGAACAGUUGGAAACUAACCAGAUUUCCCUUCAAGUCUGGCUUAUGGGAGGUGUUCUUGGUGGAGGACUAAUUAUGAUGUGUCCAAGCUGCUCAGCCAUCAGAGCCGGGGGCAAAGGCUGUUGCGGGGCAGGUUGUUGUGGAAACCGUUGUCGUAUGCUGAAUUCUGUUUUCUCUUCUGUGUUUGGCGUUGUUGGGUCGGCCUACUGUGCCUGUGUUGCCAUCGCAGCACUGGCUGUUGGGCCACUAUGCCAAGUCCAGGAUGAUCAAUGGGAAUAUCCCUUUAAGGAUACUGCAGGGAACAACAGUUACCUGGGGAAUAAGACCACAUGGUCCGAGUGUAUCUUUCCCGAGAAUGCGGUACUCUGGCACAUCGUGCUGUUCUUCAUACUUUUGGGUCUGUCUCUGAUCCAGAUGGUACUCUGUGUCAUUCAGGUUGUGAAUGGAUGUGUAGGCUGCCUCUGUGGAGACUGCCGGAAAAAGAAAUCGGAUGAGGGAGGUCUGUGAGAUGCGGAGGAGAAAAACAACCAUGAUUCAAUCUGUAGUCCUCACAACAGGAUAAGACUUUCAAACAACACUAACAACUUGCAGUCCAAGCCAUCACUAAAAAGUGAUGUUAUGCGUAAAUGUAACUUUAUUUUAACUUUAUUAUGUGUUAGUGCUACUGUAGCAGUAAAUUUGAUCCAAAUAUCAGUUUUGGUAACCCUGAUUUUAUGAUGGAAAUUGUAUAGAAAUUAAGUUUUUACUUUUUAUAAACGUUGUGCAUUUUGGAAUACUAAAUCAUCAGAUCCUAAUGAUCCAAUACAACCGUCUUUCACAAUAAACAUAAUUUGCUGACAUUUAUUUUGUCUCUCAUGAGCCAUAAAAUGUAGUUUUUGUAGCAUGAAUUAUUAACUUGAGUAAUGUCUAUCUUUAGAGUUGGCAUCAGAUUGCAUGAGAAUAUUUCCUCUACAGGUUACAGAAAUACUCUGAGUGUUUUCUUUUUCUGGUGUUCUUGGCAGGAGACAUCAAUUUUCUCUCUCUCUCUCUCUCUCUCUCUCUCUCUCUUUCUCUCACACGUGUGUGUGUGUCUUUGCCUUUCUAUUUUCUAGUUUAGUGCAGUGAGAAUCUGAAACCUUGGGCUGGCUGUUUUCCAUUUGCUUUCUGAAUAGUCUGAUGAAAACCACCAUGUUCCUUUUUGCUUUCCUCUCUCAAUCUCGACACCUGUGUCAUUCACUCUUUUAAUUAUUCACUGCUUUCACUAUUGUACCUCUGACACCGGAACAAACCGGAUCUUGCAGCAUGCAAAGGAAAACACUAUGUCAGACCCCCUGGUGGUGAAAGCCAGACCUGCAGCUGUAAAAACAUUUAUACAUUGAAACCAGGGAGUGUUUUAAGAAUAAGGGGCAUUUUCAAAAAGAGCAUCAGAUUCCUUUAAAGUACUCAAUAAUGUCUAUUGCUAUUAGCUCCCUGAACUCUGACAUGCUUAUGAAUAUAGAGUCUAUAGACCCUGUGCUAACAUUUAGCUCAUAAUCGUUGUUACCAUAGCAGCCCUCCACUCUAAUUGCUAAUCCUGCACACAAAUGCCUAUUUGAAGCUCAUGCUAGGAUAAAGUCUGCAGAAUCUCAAAACAAGUUUACAGAUUGCUUAGACCAAGCAAACUGAUCAUUGUAAACAUGCCAUAUAUGUCUCAGCCACAAGGGGAGAGAGGCAACAGCAUGUCCUAGUACAUGCUACGUCAGCUUAAUGUAUAGACCCGGUUCAAACCAGACCAGAGUGUUCCAGAAAAGGAUGUUCUGUUCUUAUUGAGAUCACACAUGUGAACAUACACAUAAUUGCAUGACAUAAAUAUAAUGACAUAAAUGUAUAAAUAUUUCAUUUGAAUUCUAUAUAAUUAACUGUUCUGGUCAUUUUGACCUGGAGAGGAUUUUCUUUUUCUCUAGCUAAUGUUAUUGCUUUGUAAUAAAACUUUCUGACUUUGCUCAAUCGGGGUGUAACAAUUAAAUAAUAUAAUUUUUGGUCAUUUUUGACCAGGAACACUAAAUUAGGUAAAGGAUUUUCAGGUCAACACAAGGGUUAAAGAAAAAAACAAACAAACUGAGAGGCGGUUGCACUAAAGCCUUUGGCAUGGACCUGGCCAGACUUAAUUCGAUGGCCAUCCACCAUUUAGACAGAGAACAGGCACAAAACACUCAUCAACUUCCACAAUGGCUCCAGACAAUAGCAGAAGGAAACAGACCAGAAAAGCGCUGGAUCAGACUGAAUGGAGCAUGUGAACGGAUGUUAUGGAAUUUAUUAAAUUCAAAUUUUCAAUCUUAUUUUUAAAACUAACUUGAUUAAUCCUGAUGAAAUUAAAGAGGAUUUGUCUUUGUAUGUUUUUAAGAAUGUAACAUACACACACACACUUGGAUUGCAAUCCUGAAGAAUCAACAGCUUCGUGUCACUGCACAUCUUUCUCUGCAUGAUUCAUUACCUCUAAAAUCGACAAGUAACAUCAUAGUUGUUAUUGGUUAUGUGAAUGUAGGAAUUUGACGCUGCCUUGUUGUGAGCUCACACACACACACACCAGAGAACAGUGU